AUGAUACCAAACAACGAUCAUAUUCGGAUGUUUGAUGAUGAUGACGAGGAAGAUAAUAAUCAAGAAAAUCUUCUUGGUAGAGGUAGUAGCACAGGCCGUCCUAAUUUACCUCCUGGAGUAAAGCUUCCACCUGGAAUUAAAAUACAACCAUCAACAACUGGUACUACUCCUAAUUUGCCACCAGGAGUAAAUACUCAGAAUUCAUCAUCAACAUCUUCAUCAACAGCAACAGAACAAAAGGCAAAAGCUUGGAUUAAAUUUAACAAGAGAAGAUUUAAAAAUAUCAAUCAAACAAAUGGAUCAAGUGGAUUAUCAAAGAAUGCGAAGAAUAUUAACAAGAUUGAGCCUCCAGAACUUUUAAGAGAAAUUAUCAAGGAACAUGGUGAUAUGUCUAAUAGAAAAUUUAGAAGAGAUAAGAGAGUUUAUCUUGGAGCAUUAAAAUACAUUCCACAUGCAGUACUCAAACUUUUGGAAAAUAUGCCAAUGCCUUGGGAAGAAAAGAGAGAAGUUGAAGUAUUGUAUCAUGUCACUGGUGCCAUUACUUUUGUGAAUGAAAUUCCUAGAGUAAUAGAACCUGUUUACCUUGCACAAUGGGCAACCAUGUGGAUUUUAAUGAGAAGAGAAAAGAAGGACAGAAAACAUUUCAGAAGAAUGAGAUUUCCACCAUUUGAUGACGAAGAACCACCAAUUGAUUAUGGUGGCAAUAUUCUUGGAGUAGAACCUCAAGAAGCUAUCAGAAUGACUCUUGAUCCAGAAGAAGAUUAG